AUGAAGACUCUGGUUUCGAUGUUUGCUAUCGCUCUUUCUUUCUUACUAAUAGCUCGAGUGCAGCUCUCGGACGCCUUCGCGAUGGCGCCAGUAACACGAGGAAAUAUGUGUCGCUUGGUGUCUUCUUCUCGAACAAUCUUGUUCGAUACUAGCAUGGAGAAAGAGCGUCGCAUGGGCGAACUAACAAAACCAGAACAGAAAGUGUUUGACAUUAUGGAAGCAAUUCACAAUUCCAAGUAUCUAUUCCGCGUUGUCGUAGUUGGCAAGGGAGCCAUUCUGGAAACGACAACAGAACUCGGUCCCGUCAUGAAAGUAACACAGUCUCCGAGUACCGGCGCCAAUCUUAUGACUUUUGCGUCGAAAGACCAGUCGACGGAAUUUCAUUUGCAGCUCUCCAACGUUUACAAAAUUGUUAUUACCGAAAACGAAACACCCGCCAAGGUUCUACGGAUGUGA